AUGGCGUUCCUCUUCACCGUCCUGGGAGAGUGGUACGUUGAGGGUAAGGUGAUAUCAAAAUCUACUUGGCUUGGUAUGUUCAUGGUGCUGGGUGGCAUUGCCCUGUGCGUCCACUCCAAGACUCGGUGA